GGUGUUUCAACAGCAAACUACUGCGGGAUAUCCUUACUGACCGGAAGGACAAUGACAAGCUUUUUCCCAACGAUGAGGAUGAAGACAGGACUUUGUGAAGAAGAAGAUGAUAUGUUUAAUAUCCACGGCCAUGUUGGCAAUCAUAGUAGGUCGUCGAUCCUGGAAAGUUUGCGCAAAAUCAUCAAAUCAAGGACUGAAGAUAAAACAAAAGAAGUAGUGACCAUUGGAGAUUUCGGAACCGCCGACGGACGUGCUUCACUCUGCCUUAUCAAUGAUAUGAUCUAUACGAUAAAAGCAGGUCUGGGAGAGAAACAAGCCAUUGUUUUGUGCUACAACGAUCAACCAAUGAACGACUUCAAUCGACUUAUCGAAGUUAUCCGAGGGAACGGACAGAAAUCUGGUCUAGCUCUCGGCAGUGACAUAUAUCCGGUGAUCAUCCCGAGAUGUAUGUAUGGUGUGUGUCUUCCAUAUAAUUCCAUGGACUUGGCUAUAUCCAGCGUAGCAACACAUUAUUUAUCAAAGCAAGUUUGUCAGAUCAAAAAUGGCAUAAGCCUUGGUGAAGCAGAUGAGGGUGAACAACUGUUGAUUAGAGAGCAAGCCAAAGCUGACUGGAGGACAUUUGUGAUAUCAAGAGGACGAGAACUAAAACCAGGUGGCUACCUCGUUACCAUGAACGUAUCAUCAGACGAGCAUGACGAUGAGGCACGGUUUGUGGAGAAGGGAACUACAUGUGUAGCAAGUUUCGUAACUGAUAUGGCAAAGGAUGGUGUUAUCACACAGGAGGAAUAUCGUGCUACCAACUUUAACAGUCACUAUCUAAGAAAAGCAGCUGAUUUCCAGGAGCCAUUCAACAGUGAUUUACCAGAAAUAAAGGAACUUGGAUUGGAACUAGUUUCGAUGAAGCCAAUUAAACACUAUUUACAAUACCCUACCUUUGAUAUUGUCAACAAAGAUUACGUGGAAAAAAUGGAUUAUUCCCAGAGAAUAGUUUCAUCAAUCUACCCUUGGAUGUAUCACGUGCUACACGGUGGAUUGUCUGAAUCCCGGACCGAGGAGGAGAAACAGGCCGUUAUAGAUAAUUACUUUGACCGUUUAAGGGAGUACGUGUUAGCUCAUUCUGAUCACAAACCUUACGUUAUACACACAGAAGUUGUCAUCAAGAAAAAGAAGACAGCAUGAACAAGGCAAUGUCCA